UCACUUCUAGGCUGGCAUGGUUCUCAGGAUACCAUCACGUCACACAUUCCUCUGCUGAGGCCGUUUAGAUGCUGUAACAGGCUUCCUUCUCACCACUGUCAUAACGGUUCUCCCGAGAAAGACGUUCCGCAGCGACAAUAUCGAGGAAUGGCGGACGAGAGGGAGUUAAAGACGUGGGUGUCGGAUCAGCUGUAUCAGAUACUCGGCUACUCCGAGUCCAGCCUCGUUACGUUCGUCAUCGCGCUAGCCAAGCGAGCGUCCAGCGUGAGCGCUCUCACAUCCAGCCUCUCGUCCAAUGGCCUUCCAGCGUCGCCUGCCACGUCAGCCUUCGCCGGCCAGCUGGCCUCGAGAAUACCGAGCGCCAAGAAAGGCCCUUCAUCGUACAAGACUGAGGAGAAAGCAGCGGCGGAAUUUGCCCGGCGGCAGCAGCAGUACGCUCUUCUAGACGCCGACGAUGACGAGGAGGAGGAGGAGAGGGAGAGGGAGCGAGAGAGAGAGAGGGAGAGGGAGGAGAAGGAGAGGAAGGGACAGGAGAGGGAAAGGGAUGGGCAGGGGGGGGCAGAGGAGGGGGAGGGGAAGAAGAGGAAGCAGUUGAGGCGGAGGAGGGAGGAGCUGGAAGGUGCUGACGAUGAUGAUGACGCCACUGCUCAGGCUCUGGCGGAGUAUCAGCGCAAGAGGGGCAGGCAGAGCGAGCACAGGAGUGGACGGAGGAAAGGAGAGGAGGAGGAGGAUGAAGAGGCGGCAUUGGAGCGGCAGAGGGAGGCGGAGAGGGAGCGGGACCAACUGGAGAGGGAGGAGUUUGAGGAGCGGCUCAAGCAGCGCGACGAGGAGAAAACCAAGAAGCUGGAGCCCAAGCUCUCCAAGAAGGAAGAAGAGGCGUUGAGGAGGAGGCAGGAGGCGGAGCAGCAGCGGGAACUCAUGCCCAGCCUAAGGGAAAUCUCCCGCCAGGAGUACCUUUCAAAGCGAGAAGCCAAGAAGCUCCAGGAACUAGAGGACGAGUUGGUGGACGAGGAGUACCUGUUUUCGGACGUGAAGCUGACGGAGAGGGAGCAGGCGGAGCAGCGGUACAAGCACAAGGUGCUGGGGCUGGCCAAGAAGCAAGUGGAGGACGUGGGCAAGGUGCUCGAGUACCACCUGCCAGAGGCGUACGACAAGGAGGAGAAGGUGCAGCAGGACAAGCGGUUUGCUGUAGCGAUGAAGCGAUACCAGGACGUGGAAGGAGACGACAAAGUCACACCACGUGCAGAGCAGGAGGCGUGGGAGAAACACCAAAUAGGCAAGGCGACGGUGAAUUUUGGGUCCAAGGACCGCAAGGUGGAGGCAGACCAGUACGAGUAUGUGUUUGAGGAUCAGAUCGACUUCAUCAAAGAUACCAUCAUGGCGGGCGAUGACCGGGAGGAGUCAGAGGACGAGGAGGAGAGGGAGCGACAAGCAGAGGUGUCAAAGGCCAAGUCAGCGUUUGACAAGAUACAGGUGGAGAGGAAGAACCUGCCCAUGUACCGCUAUAGGGAGGAGCUGCUGCAAGCAAUUAACGACCACCAGGUGCUGGUGAUUGUAGGAGAGACGGGGUCUGGCAAGACGACUCAGAUCCCACAGUACUUGUACGAGGAGGACUACGGCAAGCGAGGCAAGAUCGGGUGCACGCAGCCCCGCAGAGUAGCGGCAAUGAGCGUGGCGGCGCGCGUGGCCCAGGAGGUGGGGUGCAAGCUGGGGCACGAGGUGGGGUACUCGAUCCGUUUCGAAGACUGCACGUCCGACAAGACGGUGCUCAAGUACAUGACCGACGGCAUGCUGCUGCGAGAAUUUCUCAGCGAGCCCGACCUCGCCAGCUACUCGGUCAUGAUGGUGGAUGAGGCUCACGAGCGGACCUUACAUACUGAUGUGCUGUUUGGGCUUGUGAAGGACAUUGCGCGGUUUAGGCCGGACCUGAAGCUGCUUAUAUCGAGCGCCACGCUGGACGCUGAGAAGUUUAGUGAGUAUUUUGACUUCGCGCCGAUUUUCCGGAUCCCUGGGAGGCGGUAUCCGGUGGAUAUUCACUACACCAAGGCGCCGGAGGCGGAUUAUUUGGACGCUGCGGUGGUAACCGUGUUACAGAUCCAUGUAACGCAGCCGGCUGGGGACGUGCUGGUGUUUCUGACGGGGCAGGAGGAGAUCGAAGCCGCAGAGGAGAUUCUGAGGCACAGAACCAAGGGGCUGGGCACGAAAAUCGCAGAAAUGAUCAUCUGCCCGAUUUACGCCAACCUGCCCACCGACAUGCAGGCGAAGAUUUUCGAAAAAACGCCAGAGGGAGCCCGGAAGGUGGUGCUGGCGACAAACAUUGCGGAAACCUCACUAACCAUUGAUGGGAUCAAGUAUGUCAUCGAUCCAGGGUUCGUGAAGCAGAAGAGCUACAACCCCCGCACGGGCAUGGAGUCUCUCAUAGUCACUCCGGUCUCGAAAGCGCAGGCGAAUCAACGGGCGGGGCGCGCCGGGAGAACGUCCCCUGGGAAAUGCUUCCGGCUGUACACCGCGUGGUCGUAUGCCAACGAGCUGGAGGACAACACAGUGCCCGAGAUCCAGAGAACCAACCUUGGGAAUGUCGUGCUGAUGCUGAAGUCCCUUGGGAUUAACGACCUGCUGAACUUUGACUUUAUGGAUCCACCCCCGGCUGAAACGCUGCUGAGGGCGCUGGAGAUGCUGUAUGCGCUGGGGGCGCUGAACGACAGAGGGGAGCUCACGAAGCUGGGGAGGAAGAUGGCCGAGUUUCCGCUGGACCCUCAGAUGUCGAAACUGCUGGUGGCUUCGGAUAAAUACCUCUGCUCUGAGGAGGCGGCCACAAUCUGCGCCAUGCUAUCGGUGGGCAAUGCCAUCUUCUACCGCCCCAAGGACAAGCAGGUGCACGCCGACAACGCAAGGAUGAAUUUCCACACGGGGAACGUGGGCGACCAUGUUGCACUGCUGCGGGUGUACGAGCAGUGGGCGGAAACCAGCUUCUCCUCUCAAUUCUGCUAUGAGAACUAUAUUCAAGUCCGCAGCAUGAAGAUGGCGAGGGACGUGCGGGACCAGCUCAUGGGGCUGCUGGAGCGGGUGGAGAUCGAGCCGAGCAGCAGCAACAACGACCUGGAGGCUAUCAAGAAGGCCAUCACUGCUGGCUACUUCUACCACACAGCAAGACUACAAAAGAACCGCACGUACCGCACGGUCAAGAACCCCCAGACAGUGCACAUCCACCCCAGCUCGGGGUUGGCGCAAGUGCUGCCGCGGUGGGUGGUGUACCACGAGCUGGUGUACACGUCCAAGGAGUUCAUGCGGCAAGUGAUCGAGAUCAAGCCAGAAUGGCUGGUGGAGAUUGCUCCGCACUACUACAAGCUCAAGGACGUGGAAGACUCCGGCACUCACAAGAUGCCCAAGGUGGUUGGCAAGGCUGCGGAGAAAUAGACACAGGGCAGCACACAAAGACCGCAAGGCAGCAGACGAGUAGACGCGCCGCACAAGCGCUGAGCACAGCAGUCGACAGCAGCGUGCGUUCUUCUGAAUGCAUUUCGUGCAUGCAGAUUAUGCUUGCAUGCACAUUGCACACACGUGGAUGCCAGAAGCCGCUGCAGGGGGGAAGUUCAAGCUGAUUCCCUUGUUCCUCCGAGAUCUCCAUGUUCCCUUACAAUAUUUUAAAGCUCCUCUUUGUCCGCAUAUAAUGAAGUACAGGAAAGAAG